CCCAAAACAGGGGGCUGGCAGCCUAGUGGCCCAUAAAGAGUGUCCCUGGGGAGUCCUCCUCAAACUCUUCCUCCUCCUGCCUACUGGACGCAGUAACUGCUGAAACCAUGGCCCUGGGUGUCCUGUGUCUGGGCCUUACCCUGCUUGGGGUUCUGCAGAGCUGGGCCCAGGACUCAACUCAGAACUUGAUCCCCGCCCCAUCUCUGCUCAAGGUUCCCCUGCAGCCAGGCUUCCAGAAGGAUAAGUUUCAGGGGAGGUGGUAUGUUGUGGGCCUGGCAGGCAAUGCGGUCAAGAAAGAAGACGAAGGCCGCUUUACCAUGUACAGCACCAUCUACGAGCUGCAAGAGGACAACAAGAGCUACAAUGUCACCUCCAUCCUGCUCAGGGACCAGCGCUGUGACUACUGGACCAGAACUUUUGUUCCAAGCUCCAGGGCUGGCCGGUUCACCCUGGGAAAUAUUCGCAGUUAUCCUCAGAUACGGAGCUACCACGUACAAGUGGCCACUACUGACUACGACCAGUUUGCCAUGGUGUUUUUCAAGAAGAAGGCUUCUGGAAACAAGCAGUACUUCAAGGUCACCCUGUAUGGAAGAACCAAGGAACUGCCUGAUGAACUAAAGGAGCGUUUUGUCCGCUUUGCCAAGUCUCUGGGCCUAACAGAUGACCACAUCAUCUUCUCUGUCCCCACUGACCAAUGCAUUGACAACUGAACAGGCGUUUCUCAGGUGCUUCCUGCCUGUCCCCAGUCCCAUCUCUCCUGUUGCUGAGAGUCACCUGGUUACCCCGCCAGCCACAAUACCAAUGAGUAGCAGAUGACUCUUCUUAUCUGGGCAGCACUGCCCAGUCACCUGCCCCAAGGACACCACCUUGUCUGCUAAAUAAACGCAUGUCCCAAAU